UAGCGGAGUAGUAUAUUCUAUUUUCCUAAAUUCCUCUGCUUUUCAAACUCCCCUGAACUUGCCGGCGUUUUUCUACUGCGACUCAAAAAUAUUCAGAUCACUAGCUGUAAAAUUAACUCCCCUAAUUUUUCUCUCUCUCUGGAUUUACGAUGUAUACGUGUGUUUCUCUCUCACACACAUAAAUACACGCACUCGUUUAUUCACGCCACCACUUAAUUGCGGAUUUGCCUGUGUUAAUUGCUGCUGAAUUGUGAAGAUUUUGGCACGGGCGCCACUAAUAAGCAGAUCGCUGGUGUUGGAGGCGAUCGGUGAUCAGUUGGUGCGGUUUUUGACAGGAAUUGCGGUCAAUUUUAUGUUUGGAUGUGGUAAUUUAGCUUUCAGAAUUUAUUCGGUUUUCCAAGAUCGGGACCUUUCCAUUUUAUCAACGGUAACUGAUCCGAUUGGAGCAGCAUAGGCUUGAUUAGCUUUCGAGAAGUGAAGAGUAGCUCUGAGCUUCCAGAAUUGUUUGUAUUUGCUGCUGGAACUGUGAAGAGUAUACAAAGAUUAAGAAGGCACACCGGAAGUUUGCUGAAAAUUUUGCAACUUCCAGAGAUGUCAAACCCGAAGGUGGUUUAUGAAGGAUGGAUGGUGAGAUAUGGGCGUCGGAAGAUUGGAAGAUCAUUUAUUCACAUGCGAUAUUUUGUGCUUGAGUCUAGGUUGUUGGCGUAUUACAAGAAGAAGCCCCAAGACAAUGUGGUGCCUACCAAGACGCUUCUUAUAGAUGGCAACUGUAGGGUGGAGGACCGAGGACUGAAGACUCAUAAUGGACAUAUGGUGUACGUUCUGUCUAUUUACAACAAGAAAGAGAAAUAUAAUCGAAUUACGAUGGCAGCUUUCAACAUUCAGGAGGCACUCAUUUGGAAAGAGAAAAUUGAAUCUGUUAUUGAUCAGCAUCAAGAAUCUCAAGCUACUAAUGGUAACAAAUACAUUUCUUUCGAAUAUAAAUCGGGUGUAGAUAAUGGGAGGAAUGCUUCAUCAUCAGAGCAUGAUAGUCAGUAUAGUGCUGCAGAAGAUGAAGAUGGUUCUCAUCGAAGUUUGUUACGUAGAACAACGAUAGGAAAUGCAGGCCCCCCGGAGUCUGUUUAUGACUGGACAAAGGAAUUUGAUUCUGAUUUGGUUAAUCAAAAUUCAAACAACCAAGCAUUUUCCAGAAAGCAUUGGCGCCUUCUCCAGUGCCAAAACGGUCUUCGGAUUUUCGAGGAGCUUGAUGAAGUGGAUAUUCUUCCAAAGAGCUGCAGUAGAGCAAUGAAAGCUGUUGGGGUGGUGGAAGCAACCUGUGAAGAAAUAUUUGAACUAAUAAUGGGCAUGGAUACGACACGAUGCGAGUGGGAUUGCAGUUUCCAGUAUGGUAGCUUAGUGGAAGAAGUAGAUGGACAUACAGCUAUACUUUACCACAGGCUUCAGUUAGACUGGUUCCCACUGUUUGUGUGGCCUCGUGACCUCUGCUAUGUACGCUAUUGGCGUCGGAAUGAUGAUGGGAGCUAUGUUGUGCUAUUCCGUUCUAGGGAGCAUGAGAAUUGUGGUCCUCAACCUGGAUUUGUGCGAGCUCAUGUUGAAAGUGGAGGGUACAAUAUUUCACCUCUGAAACCCCGUAAUGGGAGGCCCAGGACACAGGUCCAGCAUCUUAUGCAAAUUGAUCUAAAAGGCUGGGGAGUGGGUUAUGUAUCAUCAUUUCAGCAGCAUUGUCUCCUUCAAAUGUUAAAUAGUGUUGCUGGGUUGCGAGAAUAUUACUCUCAAACUGAUGACAGACCCGUGGCUCCUCGCAUUCCUGUUAUGGUUAAUAUGACAUCAGUAUCCAGCUCUUCAAAGAGAAGUAAGAAACUACAGUCAUCUUCUGCUCAUCAUCGCAGUCCUUCACUUGAUCAAAUACAUGCAGCAAACAGAAAUUCUGUUUUACUGGAUGAAUACUCUGAUGAUGAUGAAGAUCUUCAGGCUGAUCAAGAGGCUAUGCCGUCUGCCUUUGAGAUUGAAGACAAAAGAACUGGAUAUGAAGAAGAGUCCACAGACCAAAUAGAUUUGUCCAUAUUCUCCGGUAACCUUCGACGUGAUGAUCAUGACAAGGCUCGUAACUGUUGGACAUUGUCUAAUGGAAACAACUUCAGAGUUCGUAGCAAGCGGUUCUGUUAUGACAAAUCAAAAAUUCCUGCAGGAAAACAUCUUAUGGAUCUAGUUGCUGUAGAUUGGUUUAAAGAUAAAAAAAGAAUGGAUCAUGUAGCUAGACGCCCAGGUUGUGCAGCUAAGGUUGCUUCAGAUAAAGGACUUUUCUCUAUUGUGUUUAAUCUUCAAGUACCUGGAUCGACACAUUAUAGCAUGGUAUUUUAUUUUGUGGCCAAGGAACUAGUACCGGGAUCUCUUGUGCAGAGGUUUGUUGAUGGAGAUGAUGAGUUCCGCAAUAGCAGACUGAAGCUUAUUCCUUCAGUACCUAAGGGUUCUUGGAUUGUACGCCAGAGUGUCGGCAGCACUCCUUGUUUACUAGGGAAAGCAGUUGAUUGCAACUAUAUCCGCGGUCCGAAGUACUUGGAAGUUGAUAUUGAUAUUGGUUCCUCCACUGUGGCAAAUGGAGUCCUGGGCCUUGUGGUUGGCGUUAUUACGACACUUGUGGUUGACAUGGCUUUUCUUAUACAGGCCAACAGUACAGAUGAGUUGCCGGAGCGGCUGAUAGGUGCCGUGAGAGUCUCUCAUAUAGAAUUAUCAUCAGCUAUUGUACCGGUGCUGGAGACUGAUCCUUCAGAUUCUCUGAAAAGUGAAAACUUGGAAACAUAAACGAUAUUACUACUAUUCAAGUACAUAUACUACUACUACUAUAGUCAUUCAAUAUUCAAUAUCACUAAUUCUCACCAUGUAGAAAUUAUUUUUUCCUGACAAUUGAGUUCAAUGCAGUGAAAUUGUCUUGAUUUUACUUCA